AUGCGGGUGCAUUCGGGCGGCGGCGCCGUCGCAUCAACAAUCACGGCCUUUCUGCGUCAGAGCUUAUCUCGAGCUGGCCCGCCGCGAUACCGAUACGGUUCACUUGAGUGCCGGCCGCCGCCCGCGUUCCCGCGGACCCACCAGCGUCGCGCGCGCUCUUGUUUACCUCACACUAGUGCGGCCGCUGUGCGACAACGCUCGCGUGCUAACAAAUCACGGCUAAACGCGCUAACGAUU